UCUUUUAACCGGUGAUACAAACAUCUGCAAUGAUGCGGGCUGAGGACAGGACAGGAUCCUCUGUUAUUGUCUGCUGCCUUUUGGGAUACCUUUUCUCUAAAGCUAUCGCAAAAACACUACCGGAGGACACAGCUAUGCAAGAGGUGACUCUGAAGGUUCACCUGAGCGAUGCCAGCACUCAGCAGCCCCUGGGAGGGGCCACCAUACAGCUCUUUGCCAACCACACUCCCGUAACCACGGAAACAUCAUCAGCUGAAGGCAACACCUACCUGCGCUUUCCCUAUCGCCUCGGGACACCGUUGGUCGUCACCGCAAACAAGCAGGGAUAUGUGCCAAACUCUGUGCCCUGGAGUCCCUCCAGAUUACCUGUGUUUUCCUCCAUUAGCCUGAACCUGCUUCCAGAAAGAGCUGCUACUCUGAUGGUGUAUGAAGAUGUUGUGGAGAUUGUUUCUGGCCUACAAGGCUUUAGGCGUCAGCCCAGUGUGCAUUUCCCGCGCAGAGCUCUGAGUCUUCCUUCAAACACUUCCUACGCAAACCUCACCGCUCUGCUCACCGUGACCAGCUCCCCCCUGCACAUUCAGCACUUUCCCCACCUGCAGCUCCUCAACAGCACAGGGACAGAGAAGAGGUUUGAGUUGACGCCUGUGGCAGCCAUUUCUGUUCACCUAUUGGCCAGCGAUGGAGUAGAGCUGCAGGUGAAUGAGCCAAUCACAGUCUCCGUUCCCCUGCCAGACGACAGUGGCCUGAAAGAAAAUGAUCACAUCCCUGCUUGGAGAUUUGACCCCAGAUUGGGUGCUUGGAUAAAGAGCAGUUGGGGUCAUGUGCAGAGGGAGGGCAGCCAGCUCAGUCUGACCUACAUUGCUCCACAGCUGGGAUAUUGGGUGGCUGCCAUGUCGCCCCUACACUCAGGUCCAGUGUUUGCGAAGGACAUCAGCACCUACCACACUGUGUUUCUGUUGGCUAUACUGGGAGGAAUGGCCCUCAUCCUCCUCUGCCUGCUCUGUCUUCUGUUGUACUACUGCAGGCGUCGCUGUUUGAAGCCUAGAGGGUCUCACAGAAAGCUCACGCUUUCUUCUGGUGUGGACAGCAGUAAGAGGGACCAAUCCACUUCCAUGUCACAGCUGAACCUCAUCAGCAACGAGGUGCAGCUGGAACUUGUUUCCACUGCGACUGAGCCCGACAUGACCACACCGAUGCUGAAGCCGUUCUCAUAUGAGCACCAAGACAAUCAUCGUCAACACAGCAUAAUCCAUCACAGCAAACACAGCCGCUCAUCUCUCGGCAACAACAGCCACCACGGCUCUUCUCUUGGCAACCUGACUCCUCGCAGCAGAGACUACCGGCAGUCUGUGGAGACGUUCCAGUUAAAGUCUGCACUUUCAUCCGGAACAGACAGGGGCUACCGUCAAUCAUACACCUCCGUCUGCUCGUCCAGCAACCCAGUUUCAGAACCACUGCUGUCAGCCAAUCAAGGUCUGUUGUCAGCUAACCAACUGAGCAGUGUCGGGCAUGUUGAUUGCAUCUCCCCCUCCUCUCCUCCUCACUCCCCAAGCAGAGGGGAGGUAUGUGAGUGCAGAGCUCCUGACUACCUUCUGUCCCGCUCUGUUGACCACCUGGAGCGUCCCAGCCCCCCACUGCUCUCCAGACCUGGCCAGCUACUCUGCUGCGGCUCUGUCGACCUCCUGAGUGGAGGAGAUGGCUACCCAAGGGUGCGCCCCACCCUGGUGAUACCAGCACACUACAUGCGGCUGCCUGGGGAGCACCCUCUCUCCGGCCAGGCCCUUCUGCUGCAGACUGACCAGCAGAGCGACCUGGAGACCAUCCAGGCUGAGCUCAAUGCCUCACAUUCCCAGCAGCCCUUAGGGCAAACUCCAUCUAGCUGCCCCCCUGGUCCCACCAAACAGGGUGAUGGAGCGGGUCUGGGUCUGUCAGGGUCCAUGUCUAUUCCUGCAGCACUUGGGGAAACUGGUCUGAUGGAAAUAAACAGUGAGGACACCUUGUUAGCUGAAAAGACUCUGAUGGAGCUCAGAGGAGGGAAGCCCCUGCCUCACCCACGAGCCUGGUUUGUCUCACUUGAUGGACGCUCAAACGCCCAUAUUCGCCACUCCUAUAUAGACCUCCAGCGGGCGGGAUGCCACAGCAACACACCAGGUGGAGGAGUUCAGCAAUCUAAAAGCAGUGGCAGAAGGCGUGGCAACGGAAACGAUGCCAGUCUGGACUCGGGUGUGGACCUGAAUGAGCCGAGAGUGGUUCGCAGGGCGAGAGAUGUAGAGCAGGAGGAGAGAGAAAUUGAGAAAGAAAGGUCAAAGGGCACAACUCCGGCCAUGUCGUACACUCAGCUGGUGUAUGUGGAUGAUCUGGAUGGGGAUGGGGGAGGCAGCGAGGAGGGGACACCUAAGUGCAGCCCUCAGGACAAUCAAACAGGACCCACCUUUUCAAACAAAACAGAAGGGGAGAGAGGGGAUCAGGGGCAGAAGGAAACAGACCAGAAAGGAGUAGAGGAUGUACAAAUACAAGAGGAGCCGCCCUCACUUUCCUCCUCGUCCCCUGAUUCUCCUCCCCCCCUUCCAUCACCAGAGGGAGAGACUUUCAGGACUGAUGGUGCGCUGCUCUCAGUCUCUCCUGAUGGCGAUGCAGCUCAAGAGGAUGGAGAGGAAGAGAAGAAGAGUCCGUGGCAGAGACGAGAGGAGAGACCCCUGCUGGCCUUCAACUUGAAAUGAUCCACAGAGAGAAAAUACAAGGACAGAUUUACAGUGUUCUCACUCUAAUACUCACAUGUCUAUGUGUACUUUGAAAGUGCUUUUGGUCACUUUGAUUGUUCCUCCUCUGCCUUUCUUAAAAGGAAUGUCAUUGAAAAUGAUUGGGGCAAAAUAAAAGUCCUCAUUAAGCCUAUUAGCCUAGAUUUAGGCAGGCUUGGCUUAUGUGAAGUACUUCAUUAAUCCCAAUAUUAUACAAACAAUCAACUUCAAUCUAAAUAACUGACACCAUUCUCUUCUACUAAAUAUGCACAACAAAGACUUUGUAGACCCCUGAUUCACAGUCAGUCUGACAACUCAUCUGAGUUGCAUAGAUGAGUCAUUGGAAUAACUUUCUCCUACUUGUAUGCAUAGAGAAUUAUUUUGCCCUCAUAAGACUAUACGAUGGCUUUUCUAACUUCACACAUAUAAAAUGAUCAGCCAAACUUUAUAUUGAUUUAAAAACAAAAGAUCUCAGGCUGGGGAUUACUUUCCAUUAUCUCUUGCAAUUUAAUCAAUGUCAUUGUAGCUGAACAGGAGGAAUAGUUAAAGUUGUCAACACUGUACGCUUGAGAUAGAUUUGAGAAAAUGUGAACCUGUCCUGAACCUUGAUUCUCUGGCCAGACCAUAACAUGAAGGAUAUUGAUGCAGACCAUUGUUUUUUUGUAACAUAGCACUGAGAGAAUAUUUCAGCACUGGGAUCCCUUCAAGUCAAGAACGGAAGAGUACCUUUUAGCUCCUUCAUGAACUUCCAGGGCUCCUUUUUUUUUUUUUUAAAUGACCACUGUUGUCAUCAUCUAUAGUCGGAAAGCUCUUCAGUCUGGAUGAACACUCUGCUUUGGAGAGACAAACGUUGGAGGCAAGAAACAAGAUAUUUUAUGCACAGCAGUUACAUUGCCUUUUUUUUUUAUAAAUAGCCUUCUCAACAUAAAGGAACUGUGGUAGGAACAGAUGAUGGGUUUUUCUCACAAACAAAAUACUUUAAGAACGCUUUCUCUCGAGCCAUAUUGGCCUCACUCCACUGACUGUAACACUAUAUUUCCUUAAAGUGAGAUCGUAACCCUUACGGAUGCACGCUAACUGAUUUUUAGGAUUGUGUACCAUCUGUGCAAAUAAGUGAUUUCACUCUUUUCAAAGGAAAUGAAGCAUCACACGAAUGAAGCAUCCCACAUGAAGCAGCCCUGACAUAAACAUGUAAAUCCUGUUAUUUGAAAGGUUUUGAAUAUGUUGCUAGAAUUUAAGCUACCCCCUUUAGAAGGCUGCGUUUAAUUAAACCACUAUCCGCACUACAACAUAAUCAUAUAAUGUGACACAACCGCCAUGCUGGUGGGUAAGGAUGUAAUGCCACUACAAACUAGUUCAACCCAAAAUAUUGUGAGGUGUACUAAUAUGAAGUUUUUUUGUAUUUGUUGAACCACUGACUGGCAUAUUUGUGCUCUAAAGGCUAUGCAUCACUUUUAUACGGCUGCUCGAGACGCCUUUUUGUGUUAUUUUACUCACUUUGAUUUUAUUGCCAACAUAAAGUAUUUUACCCUAAUAUAGGUUUUAUUAUUUCUUUGUGUAUGUUAAGGGCUUUCUUCUUCUUCAACAGCCUUAUUUUAACUGCAUUAUUUUUUUCUGAAACCAAACAAGUUUUGCAUGAUUUGUUUCAUUGUUUGUUCUGAUGUUCCAAGUGCCUUUAAACAACCUGACUCUGAUACAAAUUUGUGGAAGAGGUAACCUUAUUUAUUUCUCGCCUUCUCUUGCCUUUAGCUUUCCUCCUCUACCUCAGCUCUCCCUUUCUCUUCCACCUGUGAAAGAAAACAUGCAGUUAACUUUUCUCAGCACUAGCGUGACACAAGCGACACUGUAGACAACCCAGAAAAUGUCUACCAGCUGCUGCACCAGUAAAGAUCAUCAACAGUAAUCAGCAACGCAACAAUCUUAUUUUGAAAAAGUAGUGAAUAUUUUAUUAACAUUUUCAGUGUAGUAUGGGAUAGAUAAGGCUCAGUGUUAUUUGUAUGUGCAGGUAAAUUGCAGGUUACUUGAGUGUAUUUUCUUCUUUUUGUGUUUUUGGAGGAUGAAUGUCUCCAUAUUUAUGUGCACCUGCGUGGUGGCAGUGUUCGUCUGCAAUGCUGCUUGCCCUGAGUUUGUGUUUUCAUACUCAGAAAUUAGCUACAUUCAUCAACUCAAGGUUCAUAUAGUUGUAGCAUUCAUAUUACAAAGUGUGUACAUUUCUUUAACUCUACCUGGUCAAAAUGAUGUGUGAGUUGGUGUUGUGAAUAGCCUCUUCUCUGUUACCAUCGCACAGCAACCUCAAGUUUAAGGGUGGAGAUGCAGUACGGCAAGUGUGUAUCUUGGUUGCUUGCAUUAUAUUUGAAGCCUAUUAUUCUAAAUAAACAGCCAAACUGGAA